UCCCCCUUUCCUCAGCUUUACGCAUAAGGGGGGACUCGAAAAGGGGAUGAUGGGAUCCGUUAUUGGUCACGUGUCGCCCCUCCUCCAGUGGCAUUUGCUGUCGGGUGUCAGAACCCGCCUACCUUAGCGACGAGAGCUGAUCUAAACGGCAAACACAUCCAAGACGAUUGAAUGGAGAUGACGGAAAGUGAAACGGGCAUCCCUCAUGCUUCUAGACCAGCCAGUGUCGCCUCAUCCUCGACUGAUGAAUCGUCGCACGCCGCCACACCGAGCACCAUAGAGGGAGAACGUUCCCCCAUUUCUCCGGACCUAGAAGGGCCCCAGUCACCCCCUUACUGCGCCACGGUAUCGGUUCACAGCUUCUACAACUCGCAGCUGAACCAGGCCCACCCUAGGCAGCACCUGACGCCCUCGGGGGGCCCCCUACAGACCAUAGGGGACCACGACAGCAGCACAGGUAGCCUAUCGAGCCACAAGCGCUCGUCUCCGGGUCUAACUUGUGUGGUGUGUGGUGACACAUCGAGUGGCAAACACUAUGGCAUCCUGGCUUGCAACGGGUGCAGCGGGUUCUUCAAGAGGAGCGUAAGAAGGAAGCUGAUAUACAGAUGCCAAGCAGGAACUGGAAAUUGUGUAGUAGAUAAAGCCCAUAGAAAUCAGUGCCAAGCUUGCAGAUUGAAGAAAUGUCUUCAAAUGGGAAUGAAUAAAGAUGCGGUCCAGAACGAACGUCAACCACGCAAUACAGCUACCAUCAGACCAGAGACUCUCAGCGAGUUAGAAGGAGAGAGACUACUCAGAGACGGGAUGACGGCGACGGUUGCUGUUGGUGUCUUUCCACCUCCCUUCGCCACUCAUCGGGUCUUUCCAAAUUUGAUAACUGCCGACAACAGCUCUACUAAACUGGAGAGAGAAGAAGACAAAGAAGAUAAUCUAGUAACAGAGAUUCAUCGUCAAGAAUGUGACACAUCACAUCGUCACCCGGCACCCAGCGCAUCCUUAACACCCUCCUACGCCGAUAUACCACUCUACGCAUGCGCCCCGCCCGGACAGGAGACAAUAUACGAGACAUCGGCAAGACUCUUAUUUAUGGCCGUUAAAUGGGCUAAAAAUCUUCCUUCCUUCGCUAAUUUACCCUUUCGCGAUCAAGUGAUAUUAUUGGAAGAGGCGUGGGCCGAAUUGUACCUCUUGUGCGCCAUUCAAUGGUGCAUGCCGCUCGAGUCCAACCCACUGUUCACACCCACCGAACACAUGAACGCCGGAUUGCCCAAUGGCAAAGCAGCAGCCACACUGGCAGAUGUAAGAGUAUUACAGGAGAUUUUGGCUCGUUUCAAGGCUGUUGGCGUCGAUCCUGCCGAAUUCGCCUGUUUGAAGGCAAUCGUAUUGUUUAAAGUUGAUGCACGCGGCCUGAAGGAUGCUCAUCAAGUCGAAGGAUUACAAGAUCAGGCACAGUUAAUGUUACAUCAACACGUGAAAACUCAACAUCCCACUCAUCCUGUCAGAUUCGGUCGCCUGUUACUUAUGUUACCAUCACUUCGUUAUAUUCCUUCAGAAAGAAUCGAAACCCUCUUCUUCCAUCGAACAAUAGGAAACACACCAAUGGAGAAGCUCCUCUGCGACAUGUUUAAGUGUUAAACCAAAAAAAUAACCGUUUUAAUUUGCAUAAACGCACACAUUAACACACAUACACACACAAACACAAACACACACAAACAGAAAUUCAAAUAUUCAAACUAACCAAUCAGAGUAAAUGUAUUAUAUGACUUCGUUUGAUUCGAUUAAAAAA